AAAAUCCUUACACCUUUUAGUUGAUUAGAAUGACAGUUAAUAAUUAGUGAUUAGUUUUAGUUAACAAUUAAUUUUAACCAUGGAUCCUUGUGAAACAGUUUGUUUACUUGAGAGUUUCACUGAAUACGAAGAGGUUCAAACGUUAAUCGAUCAAUGUAUUUCUUUGGAUACUUUGAACUGCUCGGAUAAAGAUAAACAACCAGCCCGGUUAAUUGUUGAAUCUAUUUUUGAGACAUGGGUUAAAAUUUUUGACCGUUACCAGGAACAACCUCAUCUUAUUGAUCGUCACAUUGGUUCAAUAUUAACCCAAUUAAUUGGUCCAAUUUACCAACAGGCCAAGAAAAGUGAUUCGCCCUCAAUUCCUUCAAUCUCCUAUCAUACCUCUUGUAAUUUCAUUUAUCAUCUAAGUAAAGUUAGAGGAUUUAAAAAUUUGGUUCGACAUUUUCCUCACUCAGUUACUGAUUUAGAAAUUGUCAUCUACCUGUUAACCCAAGAAUCAACUCAAAAUCUGGUUACCUGGCGUACACGAUAUGUUUUAUUACUUUGGUUAUCACUUUUGGUCACUUUACCUUUUGAUUUUAAGAAAUUUGAUUCAACCGAAACGGAUAAUCAACAAAAGCCACUCAUCGAAAGAUUAUAUGACUUGAUUAAAGUUAAUCUAAUUGUUGGAGACACACCGAGAAUCGCAGCCGCUGUUGCCUGUGCUCGCUUCCUAACAAGGCCUGAAGUAUCAAAGAUUUACCUUGAAGGUCACAUUGAUUGGUGUCUAAACGUUAUCGAUGAAGUUUUCAAUGAUCCAAUGCAUCUUAAUAAUAGAAUCGGUGUUCUCACUUCGUUGGCUUAUAUUUUCAAGUUUGGUAAACGUGAAGAUAUCUCACCUUUUGCUAAUAAAGUUCUGAUGAAGAUAAUUGAUCACAAUAUACUAUCACAAUCCAAGCAUCUUUUGGUUAAAAUAAUGGUGAAAAUAGCCCAAAGAGUUGGUCUUAGUUUGCUUCGGAUUAAAAUUGCUUCCUGGAGAUACUCAAGAGGCCGUCGUUCAAUACUGGACAGUUUAAGACAAACAGAUUCAAAAUCAGGAACCAAUUCCGGUGAUGAGAAUACUUCAACCACUGAAGAUGAUGACGACAAUUAUCAUGUUCCCGAUGAAAUUGAAGAUAUUAUAAGUGUACUUUUAGACGGUUUAAGAUUUAAUAGUAAUCUUGUUCGUUGGUCAGCAGCUAAAGGUAUUGGUCGGAUUACAAGUCGAUUACCUCGUCUCAUGGCCGGAGAAGUUGUUUCAAGUGUUCGUGAGCUACUUGAUUCACCUGAAAACGAUGGCUCUUGGCACGGUGGUUGUUUAGCUUUAGCCGAACUUGCCAGGCGUGGAUUAAUAUUACCCGAUCAAUUGUCGCAAGUUCUUCCUCAGAUAAUUAAAGCUUCCGUUUAUGAGGAAUCCCGAGGAAACUUUUCCGUCGGUGAAACAGUUCGUGAUGCUGCUUGUUACGCAUUUUGGGCCUUUGCACGAGCUUAUGACGCUGAAAUAUUACGACCUUUUCUCGAUGGGAUAACCUCAACUCUAUUAGUAGUUUCUGUCUUUGAUCGGGAGAUUAGAUGUCGACGAGCAGCUUCAGCAGCCUACCAAGAGACCGUCGGUCGAUUAGGAUCUCAUAAUGUUCCCCAUGGAAUUGAAAUAUUAACCACAGUUGACAAUCAAGCGGUUGGCAGAACUCGAAGAGCAUUUCUUGAACUAAGUGUUUUCGUCGCACAAUUUAACAACCAUCUACAACCAUUAAUUUACCAUUUACUUGAUGCAAAAAUUAACCAUUGGGACCAAGAAAUCAGAUGUCUCAGUGCCGAAGCGCUGGCAAGCUUAAUCAAAUUGGCACCUAACGAAUUGAUAAAUGAUUUAAUCAUUCCAACAAUUUUAUAUAAAACCACAAGCUCUGAUUUAGCUACGAAACAUGGAUCGAUAAUAGCACUUGCAUGGGCUAUACAUUCAAUGAACCAAAUGAACAUUAAUUGUCCAAAUCAAAUUCUGGAAGGUAUUGAACGAAUAUCAACUGAGAUUAAAUCGUCACUUGGAUUCAAAGGAGUUAAAGGUGAACUUUUCCGUUCGGCGAUUUGUCUUCUAAUCGAGAAAGUCUCUCUCUCGUGUCUACCAAUCGACAAACAAUUUAUUCUCAACUGUUGGAUUGACAUUCUAAAAGAUUGUGUCUUCCAUACUAAUGAGACAAUCAGGAGUAAAGCGAUAACGGGAUUUGUGGCUUUAUAUGAUAACUAUUUCAUUGGUCAACCGGAGAUUGGACAAAUUUGGACUAAACAUUUACUCGAAAAUUGUGUAACUAAUCUUGAACAUGUUCGAUGUGGAUCAUUGGAAGCUCUUGGAUGUUUACCAGUUUCAAUCAUUUCCAUUGAGAUGAUAAAAAUUAUCUUCGAUACAAUUUUAACUUCUCUUAAUUCAAUAACACCCGAUGAAAGUAUUUGGUUUCAAUGGAAAGUUUCAGCAGUUAAUUGUUAUACUUCACUUUUAUUACAAAUGGAUAAUUUAACAAUCUCAAGUUUAAAUAGUCUAGUUAAUCAAAUUAUCGACCACAAUUUAAACGUGGCAAUUGAAGAUUAUACAACAAGCAGUAAAGGAGAUGUCGGUGAACCAGUUCGCAUUUCAGCAAUUAACUCAAUUAGGAAAAUAGUCUUGCACCUCCAUGGAUUAUCUUGUGAACUAUUAAACUACGACUUAAUCAAUCGAAUAAUCAAUCAAUUACUAAUCCAUUGUGUUUCCCAUCACAAUGAGAUGCGUUUGGUUGCCGGUGAAAAUUUUUUCCAAAUUGUUCAUGGGAUUGGUAAACAUUUCCAUUUAGAUGAUUUAAUCACCAUGUUACCCUGUAAAGAUGAAAUAUCCACCAUUCAUUUUAGAGAUGAAUCUAAUUUUAAUAUUUGGUUUCCGAUUCUAACAAUUGAAAGAUAUUCAUAUAACCUUUGGAAAGGUUUGGUUAUGAGUACCGGAGGAAAUCCCAGUUCAAUUGUUAAAACUUCAAUGGCCGCUCUUCUAAAUCAACUUAAAUCAAUCAAAUCAACUGAUAAGGAUAAAUUUAACCAAAUUAUUGACAUUUUUAUAAAUGUUUACCAAGAUAAUUUAACAGUGGAAAGAAUGUGUUUACAAUUGAUAAAUACUCUUAAUUCCAUGGUGAUUUCUGGAGUAUUUAAUGAUUUAGAAGAGUCAAAAAUUAACAUUCUAAUUGAUAAAAGUUGGUCGAUUGCGAAAAUAACAGCGAUUCCUAAGAAAAAAGUGGCAACCGUUCAACUUUUAUGUAACUGUUUACGUUUUAAAGGUUUACGCAAGAAAUGUUUGAAUAUUUUAUGCAUCUUUCUAUGUACCAAAUAUCCUUUUGUACGGACCAACACGGCAGACGAAUUGUAUACAGCGUUAAUGAUUUAUGAGGACAUUUUUCAAGAUAAUCUGGUUGGUGUUAACAAUGAAGAUAAAAUGGAUCAUAAUGAAGAUGGUGAUGAGAAAAACGAUGCUGAAGAUGAAACUAAACAGGAACAAGCUCUUAGACUUUUGACGGAAACUGAUUGGAACAAAGAAAGAAGCAUUUUAAUACCAAUCAAGGAUAAAUUGAAGAGCCUUUUGAGCUUGUGAUUGGUUUGGAUGAUGGAUCUCAAUCUUUGUUUACGUGUGUAAAUGAAUGAAUAAUCAGUUAGUUUGUAAUAGAAACGAAAUGAAACAAUUGA